AUGAGUUAUGCCCGCGGGGCGACCGUGAACGCCGCCCGGCGCGCCCCGGGCCGCGGAGACGCAGCUAAGAGGCUGCUGGUUGGGGCGGCUGCGGCCGCGAAGGGACAGAAGGACUACCAGGGGGGCGCGGCCGCAUCGCUCUGGAGGGGUUUGUCCCGGAUCCCGAGGCAGGAGGGCCCUGGAGAAAAGGAGGCGACAGUUGCCGGACACGAGUUCCUACUGCCAAAUGAGAAAAGCUUUCAGAAUGCCACUAGAAGCAAUAAUUUGGAUUUUAUGGAGAAGCUGUUUGAAAAGAAGGUAAACAUUAAUGCUGUGAACAAUAUGAACCGGACAGCCCUGCAUUUUGCAGUUGGGGGAAAUCAUUUAUCUGUAGUGAAUUUCUUGCUUAAGCACAAGGCCAGGGUGGAUGUUGCUGAUAAGCAUGGCUUGACAGCAAUUUACCUCGCAGCCUGGUCUGGGAACCUUGACAUCAUGUUUAUGUUGGUUAGAGCUGGAGCUGACCAGAGAGCCAAGAAUCAGGAUGGAAUGAAUGCCCUUCACUUUGCAUCUCAGAGCAAUAAUGUGUGCAUCGUGGAGUACCUCAUUCAAGAUCUGCACCUGCAGGACCUGAACCAGCCUGAUGAGAAAGGAAGAAAACCAUUUCUUUUGGCAGCCGAGAGGGGCCAUGUUGAAAUGAUAGAACAAUUUAUCUUUCUUCAUCUGCAUACUUCAGAAAAGGACAAGGAGGGAAACACCUCCCUGCACCUGGCUGCACAGCACGGUCACACUCCUGCAGUGCAGGUGCUGCUAACCCAGUGGGAAGAAAUAAAUGAGAUGAAUGAGCUCAGUAUCAGUGGUUUGCAGAUGGCAACCCGGAACGGCCAUGCAUCCCUUGUCAACUUUCCGCUCAGCAAGAGCGUGGAUCUGCACCAGAAAGUGGAACCUACGGAGUCCCCCCUUCAUUUAGCUGUUAUCAACAACCAUAUCACAGUCGUAAACAGUUUAUUAAGUGCCCAGCAUGAUACUGGCAUCUUAAAUCAGAUAAGCCUAAGACGGCAAACCCCUCUGCACAUAGCUGCUGAUCUUAGAAACGUGGAACUGGUGGACACCCUGCUGAAGGCAGGCUGUGACUUGAAGGUUGUUGAUAAGCAAGGAAGGACUGCCCUGGCCGUGGCCUCCAGGAGCAACCACAGCCUUGUCAUGGACAUGCUCAUUAAAGCAGAGAGGUAUUACGCCUGGAAAGAGGAGCAUUGUGAGAGUGUCAGGGACGCAUCAAUAGGCUUUACUCUCAUGUUCAAGCAAGAUCACAGUCUGGAGACCAGGCACAUUCGCACGCUCCUCUGGAAGCUGGCUUACCAUCAGCUGAAGGCCAAUGAGUGGCAGAGGCUGGCACAUGCAUGGAACUUUACAGAUGACCAGAUCAGAGCUAUUGAGGCCCAGUGGUCAGGAGCUGAAAGCUUCCGCGAACACGGCCACCGGGCUCUGCUCAUCUGGCUGCACGGGGCCCUGAUGACGCAGGCUGACCCGGCCAAGCACCUGCAUGAAGAGCUCGGCCGUGCAGGUUUCCCAGAACUAGCUGGGAAGAAGACAUGGAGGAAAAGGGGAGUAGACGGGGUACCAAUAACAAAGGAUGGAUACAAGUCAGAUGGAGCACCUUUGUAA